AUGGAAAAAACCAAAACAAAGCAAGGAGAGAAUGAACACAAGCCAAUGAAUAAUCCUUCCACACAGAUUUACCAGUUGCAGGCCCUAGCCUCUGAACUCAAAACUGGCUUCACGGAAGCAAUGCAAGAACUGUCAAGAAUUCAACAUGGAGAAUAUGCUUUGGAAGAGAAGGUUAAGAGCUGCAGAUGUUCCAUGGAAGAAAAAGUUACUGAGAUGAAGAAUUCAUUAAAUUAUUUCAAGGAAGAGCUGAGCAAUGCCAUGUCAAUGAUCCAGGCCAUCACUUCCAAACAAGAAGAAAUGCAACAGAAAAUUGAACAGCUUCAACAGGAGAAGCGAAGAGAAUCUCGAAAAGUUAAAGCCAAGAAAACUCAGAAAGAAGAACACGGCUCACAGGCCGGGCCUGCUCAAGCACAAGGAAGCCCCUUCCGUUCAAUCAACAUCCCUGAGCCUGUCCUUCCAAAUGAAGACUUUACAAACCUUUUGCCUUCUCAGGCCUAUGAAAAAGCCCAAGAGUCCAGAUCCUUGCAUGUAGCAGACAGCAAUGUGAAAGGGAUGAUGGGCCCUGGAAUGAACCCAACAACUCCAGAAGCAGAAGAAAACCUUAAGUCUUGCCUCUCAGCCGAUAUCCAACCCAAGGGCCAUCUCUCAUCUGGUGUGUGGAGGCAGCCUAAGGAGGGUAAAGAAUGGGGCGAGGAAUAUGUCACGAAAGACCAUCCAGAUAAACUUAAGGAAGCUGGCCAGGGCAGACACAGCUCCUUGGACAAUGUUUUAUGUGAAACCUCUUUAGCUGCUAAAAGACAGACUGUGGCUCUAGAACUGCUUGAAUCAGAAAGAAAAUAUGUCAUUAACAUCUCUCUGAUCCUGAAGAUCAAGGCAACAUUCCAGGGGUCAGAUGGAAAGAGGAAUCCCAAAGAGAGAAGCCUCUUCCCUGGCUCUUUACGGUACAUUGUCCAGCAGCACCUGGAUUUGCUUCAUGCUCUGCAGGAAAGGGUCUUGAAGUGGCCACGCCAAGGAGUCCUUGGAGAUUUAUUCCUCAAGUUAACAAAUGAUGAGAAUAACUUUUUGGAUUAUUAUGUUGCUUACCUGAGGGACCUGCCUGAAUGCAUCUCUUUGGUUCACGUGGUUGUUCUGAAGGAGGGUGAUGAAGAGAUUAAGUCUGACAUCUACACACUGUUUUUUCACAUAGUGCAGCGCAUCCCUGAAUACCUGAUACAUCUGCAGAACGUCCUGAAGUUCACAGAGCAGGAACAUCCUGACUAUUACCUACUUCUGGUGUGUGUUCAGCGCCUGCGAGUAUUUAUCUCACACUACACCCUGCUGUUUCAGUGCAAUGAGGAUUUGCUUAUUCAGAAACGGAAAAAGCUCAAGAAGUCAUCCAUGGCAAAGCUGUACAAAGGGCUGGCUUCCCAGUGUGCAAAUGCCGGGCAAGAUGCUUCUCCCACUGCAGGGCCUGAGGCUGUCCGUGACAGUGGGAUCCACUCAGAAGAGAUGCUGCAACCCUACCCUUCUGCUCCCAGUUCUGGCCCUGCUGUCACGCAUUUGAUGCCCCCAGUGAAGAAAAGCCAACAGCAGCAAAGCUUGAUGGAGAGCAUGCAGCCCGGGAAGCCCAGUGACUGGGAGAUGGAGGGCAGAAAGCACGAGAGGCCCGAGAGCCUCCUGGCGCCGGCGCAGUUCUGUGCCGCCGAGCAGGACGUGAAGGCGCUCGCCGGGCCCCUGCAGGCCAUCCCGGAGAUGGACUUCGAGCCCUCGCCGGCCGAGCCGCUAGGCAACGUGGAGCGCUCCCUGCGCGCCCCGGCCGAGCUCCUGCCCGACGCCCGCGGCUACGUGCCCGCCGCCUACGAGGAGUUCGAGUAUGGCGGCGAGAUCUUCGCGCUGCCCGCGCCCUACGACGAGGAGCCCUUCCAGGCCCCGGCCCUCUUCGAGAACUGCUCGCCCGCCUCUUCCGAGUCCAGCCUGGACAUCUGCUUCCUGCGGCCCGUCAGCUUCGCCAUGGAGGCCGAGCGGCCUGAGCACCCGCUGCAGCCGCUGCCCAAGAGCGCCACGUCGCCGGCCGGCAGCAGCGGCGCCUACAAGCUGGAGGCGGCGGCGCAGGCGCAGGCGCAGGCGCAUGGCAAGGCCAAGCCGCUGAGCCGCUCGCUCAAGGAGUUCCCGCGCGCGCCGCCGCCCGAGGGCGUGGCCCCGCGCCUCUACAGCACGCGAAGCAGCAGCGGCGGCCGCGCGCCGCUCAAGGCCGAGCGCGCCGCGCAGCCGCACGGCCCCGCCGCCGCCGCUGCAGCCGCUGCUCGCGGCGCGCCCAGGACCUUCUUUCCCCAACAGAGGUCCCAAAGCGAAAAGCAGACCUAUUUGGAAGUAAGGCGGGAGAUGCACUUAGAAGACGCCACCAGAUUCUGUCCAAAGGAGGAAAGAGAAAGCGAACAAACAUCUUUCAGCGAUCAAAACCCCAGGCAAGACCAGAAAGGGGGCUUUCGCAGCUCCUUCCGCAAGCUCUUUAAAAAGAAAAAUGGGAACGCAACUGGUGAAGAUUUCUGUGGUCCUUGGGGCUGGUGGUGACAUCAAAGCUUUCCCAUUUCCAGGUAAACAUGAAACAGUUGCAUGUUGGAACCAUCAAAGUAUGACGUGUUGGGUUUUGGAGAGAUCAGACAUAGCUAAGAGGGGAAAUGUAAGGUAAAGAUUUUAAGUUGUGACGAAUGACUUUCUGACGAGAAACUGUCACGUGGGGAAACAAUUCAGAAGCAACACCAGCCAGAUUCAAAUCUUGCUUCCUGCUUUCUGCCCCCAAAACUAUAGGCAUUCCUAGUCUUCUGGAUGACAGAAGAUAUGGAGAAAGAAUGAAAUGGUCAAAAAUCUAUCUUCCUAACAUUUUGGGCACAGGGGUACUAACCAGGGCUGAUUUGAACUGGAAGUAGCUGGGAGUUCUGAGAGAAGGCCUGGAGCUUUAGGGUGGGGCCUGUGGAGGCUGCUUCAAGGGGGGGUUCCCAGGGGGCUUCUGCAAAGGAAGAGGACUUUCACCCCACCCAGCUUCAUCUUAUUUGAUAAAUACUCAGAUGUACUGGGGUUGAGGAGAGAACAGGUUUUCCUCUGUGCACCGGGAUGCAGAGAAAAGUUCUCCUUACUGACCACAAGUAGAAAGCAUAGUAGGCAGCUAUGGCUCCAUCUGUGAUACCAAAUAUCAAGGCGGAAAGCACGUCACCAGGUUUCCAGACCUCAGGAAUUUUAGUCCUUGUGUGGAUCCAGCUUCUUUCCUGGAAUAAUGUAAAGGGGGUGUUUGAAUUCUGCCCAGUUAAUCCAGUAAAUGGUAGAGUCAUAAUUAACUUACCUCCUACCAGCAGUGAGGACACCCCCAGCACAUCCAUGACAGUGCAAGACCCUACCCUUCUGUUGUGGAUGGUGGAGGCCUGCCCGCCUCUGCCUCUGCACGCGGAGCGCUUGUUCAGUGUGCAGGAGCUCUGGACAGAGAACUUCGUGUCUAGUGUCCCUUUCACACACCUCGCAUGAGGUCUCUUGACGUUGGUUCUCAGUCACUGGGCUCAUUUUACCCAUUCUAGCUCAGAGUUAAAGCUAGCCAAAGGGCCCCAGCCUAGCCUGUCAGAGGUUGUUUCCAGAAAGCCUCCUCCCUCUAGGGACUUCUGACAUGAACAAACUGGAGAAGGUGCAGAGCUGGAAUGGAUUACCCACCUGGCUUAACCGAGAGAAAGGAAGAAUGCACCCUGGACUGGGGACUCAAGUGGACUGUUUACGUUGUUGACUCUUGUUUGGGCUUGGUCUCCUUUGUGGUGGUUGAGAUAAUAGAAUACCCUUAAAUCUGAUUACUGUACUAAUUUCUGCAUUCUACCAAAUGUGGCAUAUAUGUGUGGUUGGCUUCAAUAAAUUUUUCAUUUAAAAAUGAAAACAAGCAAAAGCAAGAGUUUGUAAUGUAAUGCCCAAAUUAAGUAAGG